AUGGCGAUCGGAGACGUCAGAUUCACGUGGUCCGAGAGAAAACGCCUUCAUCGUAUACUGAUCGUCGCUGUUUCAACGAACGGCCUCGUCGGUCUUGUUCUGUUCGCGAUGGGAACCGUCACCACAUUGUCGUACGCUGGAAGAUUGAGAACCGAGGAAAGGAGUUUGUUUGAUCUGGUGUACAAAACGUUGACGAUCUACGGAUUGUACGUGCUCGUUCAUAGUCUGAUGGGCCUGAAGCUCUGUCGGAAUUACUUCCGUUAUGCAGAAGGAUCAUGGUCGAGCCUGAGGUUGUUCGUUUGGACGAUUUUGGGAGUGAUCGGGGCGUUAGUGGGAUGCUUCAUGGCCAGUGUGUGCUUCUCGACCGCAGAACAAUUGGUGCUUCAGGUUCGCGAGUCUCUCUUGGAAGGCAUGAAGAAGUACUUCACGGACGUGACAUGGAAACGCGGAAUAGAUAGUCUGCAGGUCAAUUUGCGAUGCUGCGGGAUAGAUUCGUCCGAUGAUUGGCACAAGACGUACUGGCUACAGAGGGAACUUCUUGUGCUGGAUUCCCCGGAUAUCUUGAAGUACGCCGAGUUGGACGGUCGCGUGACGCCGCCGGUGGUCCCGUGGAGUUGCUGUCGAACGGACGUAAAGGGCCCGUGCUAUCACGAUCCCCUUCAGCUGACGAAUCCCGAACAGAACUCCACUUACCUAGGGAGCCUGUACGCUCGUGGCUGUCUGGUCGUCAUCAAGACCAUGCUGAACGGCACCCUCUAUUCCGUGGUGCCGUUGAUCGUGCUUCUGUUCGUGUUGCAGGUCGUCGUGACCGUGCUGUCGAGGCUCGACUUUACUGCCGCGAGAAAUGCAGUCGCGCUGGGAAACCGUAAGAGAGGAUCGCCAGGCUGGCUCUACGGACGCCUCGAUUUCGGGAACGCUGCUGGACCUAAUCUCUGUCAGAUCGAACGGAAGAACAGCGGUCGCGGGGACUCGAUGAUCGACCUCAAGCCCCUAGUUUAUUCGAGCGACACGGAAUAA